AUGUCAACAGAUGGACACGUUCAUGGCAAAAUAGACCCACUCUCCAACGACAAAGACCCACUCUCCAACGACAAAGACCCACUCUCCAACGACAAAGACCCACUCUCCAACGACAAAGACCCACUCACCAACGACAAAGACCCACUUCCCCAACGACAGAGACCCACUCCCCAACGACAGAGAGACCCACUCACCCAUCGACAGAGACCCAUUGCCCAACGACAGACCCACUCCCCCAACGACAGAGGCCCACUCACCCAACGACAGAGACCAACUCCUCAACGACAGAGACCCACUCCCCAACGACAGAGGCCCACUCACCCAACGACAGAGACUCGCUCACCCAACGACAGAGACUCACUCACCCAACGACAGAGACCCACUCACCCAACGACAGAGACCCACUCCUCAACGACAGAGACCCACUCCCCCAACGACAGAGACCCACUCCUUCAACGACAGAGACCCACUCCUCAACGACAGAGACCCACUCCUCCAACGACAGAGACCCACUCCUCCAGCGACAGAGACCCACUCCUCAACGACAAAGACCCACUCCUCGAACGACUGAGACCCACUCCUCCAACGACAGAGACCCACUCCCCCAAUAACAGAGAACCACUCCUACAACAGACCCACUCCCUAACGACAGAGACCCACUCCCCAACGACAGAGACCCACUCCCCCAACGACAGAGACCCACACAUCAACGACAGAGACCCACUCCCCCAACGACAGAGACCCACUCCCCCAGCGACAGAGACCCACUCCCCAACGACAGAGACCCACUCCCCAACGACAGAGACCCACUUCCCCAAAAGACCCACUCCCCCAACGACAGAGACCCACUCACCCAACGACAGAGACCCACUCCCCCAACGACAAAGACCCACUCCCCCAACGACAGAGACUCAUUCCCCCAACGACAGAGACCCACUCCCUCAACGACAGAGACCCACUCCCCCAACGACAGAGACCCACUCCCCCAACGACAGAGACCCACUCAUCAAUGGCAGAGACCAACUCCCCCAACGACAGAGACCCACUCCCCCAAUGACAGAGACCCACUACAAUAAUACCAGAUACCUACUCAUCAACGACAGAGACCCACUCCCCCAACGACAGAGACCCACUCCCCCAACGACAGAGACCCACUCCCCCAACGACAGAGACCCACUCCCCCAACGACAGAGACCCACUCCCCCAACGACAGAGACCCACUCCCCCAACGACAGAGACCCACUCAUCAACGGCAGAGACCAACUCCCCCAACGACAGAGACCCACUCCCCCAGCGACAGAGACCCACUCCCCAACGACAGAGACCCACUCCCCAACGACAGAGACCCACUUCCCCAAAAGACCCACUACCCUAAUACCAGAGACCUACUCAUCAACGACAGAGACCCACUACCCCAAUAACAGAGACCCACUCCCCCAACGACAAAGACCUACUCCCCUAACGACAGAAACCCACUCCCCCAAUGACAGAGACCCACUCCCCAUAAGACAGAGACCCACUCCCCCAACAACAGAGACCCACUCCCCCAACAUCAGAGACCCACUCACCCAACGACAGAGACUCACUCCCCCAACGACAGAGACCCACGCUCCCAAUGACAGCGAUCCACUCCCCCAACGACGAGACCCACUCCCCAACGACAGAGACCCACUCCCCCAACGACAGAGACCCACUCCCCCAACGACAGAGACCCACUUCCCCAAUGCCAAAGACCCACUCACCCAACGACAGAGACCCACUCCCAUAACCACAGAGACCCACUCCCCCAACGACAGAGACCAACUCCCCCAACGACAGAGACCCACUACCCCCAACGACAAAAGACCCACUCCCCCAACGAUAGAGACCCACUCAUCAACGGCAGAGACCCACGCCCCCAAUGACAGCGACCCACUCCCCCAACAACAGAGACCCACUCCCCCAACGACAGAGACCCACUCCCCCAACGACAGAGACCCACUCCCCCAAUGA